AUGGCGGCUCAAGCUGCGGCGGCGGCUCAGGCUGCGGCGGCCCAAGCAGCGCAGGCCGAGGCGGCUGAGUCGUGGUACCUGGCGCUCUUGGGCUUUGCCGAGCACUUCCGCACUUCCAGCCCGCCCAAGAUCCGCCUGUGCGUGCACUGCUUACAGGCCGUGUUCCCCUUCAAGCCGCCUCAGCGCAUUGAGGCCCGAACACAUCUGCAGCUCGGCUCAGUGCUCUACCACCACACCAAGAACAGCGAGCAGGCGCGCAGCCACCUGGAGAAGGCGUGGUUGAUAUCACAGCAAAUCCCACAGUUUGAAGAUGUUAAGUUUGAAGCAGCAAGUCUUCUGUCCGAGUUAUACUGUCAAGAGAAUUCCGUGGACGCAGCAAAGCCGCUGCUGCGGAAAGCCAUCCAGAUUUCCCAGCAGACCCCGUACUGGCACUGCCGCCUGCUCUUCCAGCUCGCUCAACUGCACACACUUGAGAAGGACCUGGUGUCGGCCUGCGACCUCCUGGGUGUGGGAGCCGAGUACGCCCGGGUGGUGGGAUCUGAGUACACACGGGCACUGUUCCUGCUUAGCAAAGGGAUGCUGCUGCUGAUGGAGCGCAAGCUGCAGGAAGUCCACCCACUGCUGACCCUCUGUGGACAGAUAGUUGAGAACUGGCAAGGGAACCCCAUCCAGAAAGAGUCUUUGCGUGUCUUCUUCCUGGUGCUCCAGGUGACCCACUACCUGGAUGCUGGGCAGGUAAAGAGCGUGAAGCCAUGCCUGAAGCAGCUGCAGCAGUGUAUUCAGACCAUCUCCACACUGCACGAUGACGAGAUCCUACCCAGCAACCCCGCUGACCUCUUCCACUGGCUGCCCAAGGAGCACAUGUGCGUGCUUGUCUACCUGGUGACUGUGAUGCACUCCAUGCAAGCAGGCUAUCUAGAGAAGGCGCAGAAGUACACGGACAAGGCCCUCAUGCAGCUGGAGAAGCUCAAGAUGCUCGACUGCAGCCCCAUUCUGUCCUCCUUCCAAGUGAUCCUGCUGGAGCACAUCAUCAUGUGCCGGCUCGUCACAGGUCACAAGGCCACCGCGCUGCAGGAGAUCUCCCAGGUCUGUCAGCUGUGCCAGCAGUCACCCCGGCUCUUCUCCAACCACGCCGCACAGCUGCAUACACUGCUGGGCCUGUACUGUGUCUCUGUCAACUGCAUGGACAACGCCGAAGCCCAGUUCACCACAGCUUUGCGGCUCACCAAUCACCAGGAGCUGUGGGCCUUCAUCGUGACCAACCUGGCGAGUGUGUAUAUACGGGAAGGAAAUAGACACCAAGAGCUGUACAGUUUGCUGGAGAGGAUCAAUCCAGACCACAGCUUCCCUGUCAGCUCACACUGCCUCCGAGCAGCAGCUUUCUACGUGCGUGGGCUCUUCUCCUUCUUCCAGGGACGCUAUAACGAGGCCAAGCGUUUUCUGCGGGAAACCCUGAAGAUGUCCAAUGCAGAGGACCUGAAUCGGCUCACAGCCUGCUCCCUCGUGCUCCUAGGCCACAUCUUCUAUGUGUUGGGAAACCAUAGGGAGAGUAACAACAUGGUGGUGCCCGCCAUGCAGCUGGCCAGCAAGAUCCCAGACAUGUCAGUGCAGCUGUGGUCAUCGGCCCUGCUAAGAGACCUGAAUAAAGCCUGUGGGAAUGCCAUGGAUGCCCACGAAGCCGCCCAGAUGCACCAGAACUUCUCGCAGCAGCUACUUCAAGACCACAUCGAGGCCUGCAGCCUCCCUGAGCACAACCUCAUCACGUGGACAGACGGCCCACCCCCUGUGCAGUUCCAAGCUCAGAAUGGACCAAACACCAGCCUGGCCAGCCUCCUGUGA